UUGUACUCAGUAAACGCCGGAAGAGCAGGAGGAUUUGGAUCUGUUUUACCGAGUAAACCGAGUUAAAUACCGGGUUAAAGAGAGUUAAAAUGUAAGUUGAAUAUAAUAUUAGAGGAAAGUGUAGAGGAAGUGAAUGAUGGCGCGCUGCAGAUCAGUAAUGGAAACUCUGAUCUUUCUCCUAUUUACUCUUCAGCUUUCAUCAGCAGUGAAACACUCUCUGCAGUACGUCUACACUGCAGUUACACCAGGAAUACAUUUCCCAGAGUUCACUGUUGUUGGUCAGGUGGAUGGACAGCAGAUUGAAUAUUACGACAGUAACAUCAGGAAAAUGAUCACAAAGACAGAGUGGAUCCAAAACAAUGAGGGAGAAGAUUACUGGAACAGACAGACACAGAUUAUGCAGAUGCAUCAGGAGAGCUUCAAAGUCAACGUGGCAAUUCUAAUGCAGCGCUUCAAUCAGACUACAGGAGUUCACACAGUACAGAAGAUGUACGGCUGUGAGGUUGAUGAUGACGGCACUGUUAGAGGAUAUGAGCAGUACGGUUAUGAUGGAGAAGAUUUUAUCAGUUUUGAUCUGAACACUCUGAGUUGGGUCGCUACCACAUGUGAGUCUGUGACCACCAAGAACAAGUGGGAUCCAAAUACUGGCUUUAAUAAGAAUGAGGAGAAUUACCUGAAGAACAUCUGUCCUGAGUGGCUACAGAAAUACCUGACUUACGGCAAACACACUCUGGAGAGGAAAGAUCGUCCUGCAGCAUCUGUGUUCCAGAAACACUCGUCUUCUCCAGAGGUGGUGUGUCAUGCUACAGGUUUCUUCCUAAAGCAGUGAUGAUCUUCUGGAAGAAGGACGGAGAGGACG